AUGCCUAAGCGCCGAGUGGAGGGCUACGGCCAGAACCAGCGCCGCAAUGGAGACUUGGCCUGCAAAAGGUCACGCCCAGAGAGACGGUGGCAGCACCUCUAUCUAGUUUUGGAUGACUGGGAGAAGGGAUACAGCAUCCACAAGAUUGACCUUGCUAGUUUUGACUCCGACGACAACCAGGACUCCUCUAGGGUUGCUGUUGCAGAGCACCUCCUCGAGCCUCCUCUACUACGGUUAGAGUCACCAAGGGACGUGGACAUGUUGUUCGCCACCAUGGGAAACAAGAUCUUCAUUGUUACCGAUGCACGUUAUGGACAGACCCCUGCCCUCAUCUAUGACACCGAGACAGCGGCACUGGCACUUGGCCCUGCCAUUCCUGCUCAUCUGCAAUGUGGCUUCAGUACUGUUGUUGCUGCCCAUGGAAUGUUCUACGCAUUUUCACCUCCAGCUUGUAAAGAACAACACUCCUCUGAUGAUGACGAACAACACUCCUUUGAUGUGAUGUCAUGCGCACUGACUGGCUCACGCGGUCCAGCUGAGGUGGGCUGGUUCUGGAGGAGUCUCCCGGCAUUGCCGCCGCUGUUCAGCGUCCACGAGACCAUUACAUCAUAUGCUGUGCACUCAGAUGGACACACCAUCUACAUGACCACAGCCUACAGAGAUCGUCCAGGUCUCCAGAAGAGCACCUACUCCUUCAACACUAAGUAUUCUGUGUGGAGGUGGCAUUCCUGGGCUCUACCUUUCAGAGAUGAAGGUUACUUUGACAGCGAGCUAGAUGCAUGGGUUGGUCUUCGCUGGGAUGGGUAUAUUUGUUGCUGCCAACUUCCCUCUGACACCGGCAGCGAAACUCCAAUAGAGCUCGGCACAGUGGAAUUGGAUUGGCAACUGGUGGAGGACAAAUUGUUUCGCCGGGAAACUGAGAAGCACUUGGUGGCCUCUCUCACCUACAUGGGUAGAAGCAAAUUUUGCCUCAUCCGCAGUGCCAUGUGCGAGGAAGCCAAAGCUAAGUACCUCUUGGGUGAUGAUGAUAGCUGUGUGCUCCAUCUGACUAUGUUUGGCCUCAAAUACAAUAAUAAGGGAGAGCUGCGUUUCACGAAUCACAAGACCUCAGUCUCCUACCGAGUAGCUAGGCAUACAAAUUUCUUUUCUCCUAUAGCAUUCUGGUUGUAG